AUGACCUCUACUGAACUAGCGCUGAAUAGGACCUUAACGGACAUUUUGGAAGAUGAGUUAUACAACAUGCAUGCUGGACAUCAUCAUCCAUUGAGUAUGGCGAAGUCGAAGAACGUGAUGGAGUUACCUCUUCAGCUUUCAUUUGAUGAGCACACGAAUAAUGAUAACCAUUCGGACCCAAAUGGAGGUGCAAAUGAUUACUACUGGACUUCUCCACAGGAAUCUGAUUCUCAACAGUACAAGAUCUUCAACAAGUACGCGGACCCGUCUUUGACUACCACAUCGAUGCAAAAACAGUCAAGUAAUAGGGCCGCAAUGGCUACUACACCUGUGCAAAAGACUGUCAACUUGCAUAGUGUAAUGAAAGUGGCCAAUCCUUUUCAUAUGAAGGAACAACUGCCCUACGAUGUCAAGGUGACAAACGAUGUUAUGCAUGCGGGCGACUUUGGCUAUUCAUCACAGUCUGAUGAUGAACUGAUAGGGUACGAUACGUCGUACGAUCCGAAAGUUUACUGGCCAUUACAGGACAGUAAUGUUGCAUUGAGCAAUGAGGAUGCGAGAAUGAUUUUUGAUCAUGAAUUUGCAGCUGACGAUGACGAUUUGAGUGAUGACGAAGAUGAUGACGAUGUUCAAAACUUACCAUUGCAGCAUGCUUACAAUUUACAGGGAGAUAGGAAUGAAACUGAAGGGAGAGUGUUCAACUCAUGCAAUUUUGUCGAUUCCAAUAUGGUGCAUUCGAAUUAUGACGAUAAGGAAAGCAGCCAUAAUAUAACAUCUGAUAUCGCUGUUGUUGAUGAUGAAGAGGAAGAUGAUAACAUGAUUGAUGAAGACGAUUUAUAUGAGCCAUCUCUAAGGAACGAUAGAAAGGAAAGUGUGGUAUACAACAAUCCUCCCACCGCAGAAAGCCGAACAAAAUCAGAGAGUACUCCACCAAUACUACCUGUCGUUAAGAGCCAAUCGAGCAAAGCUGCUACCAGGCGAAAGUUAUCGUCAAGUGUCGGUGGUUCUAGCCCGUCAUCGACAUCGAGAAGAAAAGUCGUUACGAAUAAGAGGAACCAUCAAUCUCCCUCACCUCCAGAGCACAUCACUACCGAGUCGUCAAAUGGGACCGAAAUUUAUACCUGCAUGAUUAUGAAUUCUAUCACGGAACAACCUUGUUCUGCUCAAUUCUCGAGGUCCUACGAUUUAACCAGGCAUCAGAACACAAUACACGCAAAGAAAAAGGCUGUUUUCCGUUGUUCGGAAUGCAUAAGUUCGCUGGGUCAAGAAGGUUAUCAAAAGACGUUUUCACGGUUAGAUGCUCUAACUAGACAUAUCAAAUCAAAACACGAAAAUCUAUCGCUCGAACAACGUCAGGAACUUACCAGAUAUGCCAGAGAUAAUAUUGGCUACGUCGUCGGAUAG